GGGACUGGGCUGUGUGUACCUUUGGACAAAUGUGACAAUCCUUUAUAAAAGACACUGAAGGUGGAUUGGGGGCAGCCAAGAUCUUUACAAUGGAUGAGUCAAGAGAGGUUCGAACUGAUGGCAAUUCUCUGCUGAAGGCUGUCUAUUUAUGUCGUCUGCGUCUGACUCGGCUGCUCCUGGAGGGAGGGGCCUACAUAAACGAGAGUAAUGAAUAUGGCGAGACACCACUUAUGGUGGUCUGCAAGACACACCAUUCAGAUUUACAGAGUGUGCCCAAACACAAGAUGGUUUGGUAUCUUCUGGAAAAUGGUGCUGAUCCAAAUAUCCAAGACAAGACAGGAAAAACAGCUUUGAUGCAUGCAUGUAUCGAACAAACUGGAGCUGAAAUUCUGUCACUCCUGCUGAGCAGUGGGGCUGAUCCAACUCUGGAGGAUCAUGCAGGCUUAUCAGCAUUGGUUUAUGCCGUCAAUUCAGGCAACAGGGACAUCCUCAGGCUCCUCCUGGAUGCCUGUAAAGCCAAAGGUAAGGAUGUCAUCAUCAUCACCACCAGCAAACUGCCAUCCGGCCAUCAGAUGACAAAGCAAUACCUCAAUGUUCCUCCAGCCCCAGACCUUGAGGAGCAUCUGCAUUACACCCCAACAUCUUGUUGCUUGUCUCCAUAUCCUCCUCCUCCUUCACAGGGCUUCACAGCAACUGCUUCUUUCCAACCUGGUAGCCCCCUUCUUGGCUUCAAGGAUCCCCAGUGUUUGGGCUCAAGGCCUGGUUUAGUCCCAUCUCAACCAGGUUCUCCAAUCCAACAUCCUAGUCCUUCAUGUGUUCCUGGUGUAGAUAAACAACUGAAUCGUCUUUACUCAGAGCAGUGGUCCAAAAGUCCUCGCCUGCUGCUCCAGCAGAGCCAGGCCUCCUCUCUGACAGAGGAGCCGGUAGAAAUUACACCUGAGGAGGAGCAGUCCUUCAUAUUCAAUGGUCUUACCUUUCACAGAAGACCUCCAGUUGUUUCACGGCACAACAGCCUCGAUGUCAAAGAUGCAACAGGGCUUCUGAAAGCACUAGAAAACAUGUCAGUAAAUGAGAAUAGGGAAGGAGGUGGAAGACGAGGCUUUGGUAGAAAGAUGUCAUAUGACAGUGCCGCAAGUUCACACCAUUCUGCUUCACACCCAAACUUGCAUCAAAGCAGUCUCCCCUUUCCCCAUAAAUCCAGUCCUGUGGAUGAAGAUUCCUCUGACUGUCUCAGACAAUUUAAUGUUUCCAGUCUGCAAAAUGUGGUCCAUCGGCAGAACAUUGGCAUUGACCACUACAGUUCUGACUCUCAGUUACCACAGUUUGGCAGCCGAGACAAUUGCUCCAAGAAGAGUGGUGGAGUUAAAGUGGGAGCAGAAAAGCACAAGCUGAGCAGCAGAUCCUCCGCUCUGUCAGGAUCCAGGGAGUCCUUAGAUAGCAAUGUCCAAAGACGAAGCGAUGCUGGGCUGGAGCAAAGAGCAUCAGGGGCCCUUAUUUUGGAUCACAUCGCCCACGCUCGCCCUAGAUACCUCCCUCCUCUGAAUCCCCAUGCUCCUAUACCAAAUAUUGGGGUCAGUUCUAGCUCUUCCUACCCUUUUAGUGGAAGUAGCAAGACACUGAAUGCCGUUAUUACAGGGUCAAAGCCUGUUCUACCUUGUGCACCUGUUUUCCCUAGGGAUCAAAAAGCCAAGAAAAUGCUGUGGAGACGACACUCAAUGCAGAGUGAGCAGAUAAAACAGCUGGUCAACUUUGAAACGUUUGGCCACUAGAAUUAAAUAUAGCAAGUAUCAGGACAAAAUAAAUGUACUCUUACCAGUAUCAUACAUUGCUGUUCUAUUCCUAUUAUGUCAUUGCUAAUGCCAGUUCAUAUGCACUUUCAAGGCUACAUACAGUUUGGCCAUUGUGAGCCUGCAUUGUUUUAAGACCUCUCAUCUCAAAAUUUUGUAUUGGGGUA